UAGUGAACGUAGAGGAGAGAUAUCUAAAUUAAAAUAUCGAUUCAUUACAGUUGUAUCGAUCAAAUACCAAUACCAGCGUUGGCAUCGAUACUAUCGAUAUUUAGAUCGAUCCGCCCACCCCUACCAACAACAGAGACACUCCCUUUUUCCUCCAGAAAGCAGAAACGAUAAUGCUCGGUCCUCGGACACGUCUUUAUCAGAACAUGAUGAAGAAGUUUCUGUUGUUGCUUCUCUUCUGUCACGUCUCAUCUCCAGUGAAACACUCAUUUAAGAUUUUCUUCACUGCAUCUUCUGGAGUCCCAAACCUCCCAGAGUAUGUGGUUACUGCAGUGGUGGAUGAUCUUCUGGUGGGUUACUGCGACGCCAACAAGUUAGUAGAACCCAAACAGGACUGGAUGGAAACAUUUUUUGAAAUAAAUCCUCAGCAGUUGGAGUUUUACACUCAAGCAUGUAUUGAGAGAGAGCCAAAGUUCUGGAAAGCCCAAAUGAAUAACUUCAAGCAACGCUUCAACCAGAGUGGAGGUGUCCACAUUCUCCAGCAGAUGAUUAGCAGUGAGUGGGAUGAUGAGACUGGAGAGGUCAAUGGUUUUAAUCAGUUUGGUUAUGAUGGAGAAGACUUCAUAUCAUUCGACCUGAAGACAUCGAAAUGGAUCGCUGCAAAACCACAGGCUGUCAUCACCAAACAGAGCUGGGAUGCUGACAAAUCUAGAAUAAAACACAUUGAGAGUUUUGUGACUGAGAUUUAUCCUGAAUGGCUGAAGAUGUAUUUGGACUACGGCAAGAGCUCUCUGCUGAGAAAAGAGGUUCCCUCAGUGUCUCUCCUCCAGAAGUCUCCGUCCUCUCCAGUCAGCUGCCACGCUACAGGUUUCUACCCUGACAGAGCCAUGAUGUUCUGGAGGAAAGAUGGAGAGGAGCUUCAUGAGGACGUGGACCUCGGAGAGAUCCUCCCCAACCACGAUGGAUCCUUCCAGAUGAGUGUAGACCUGGACCUUUCAUCAGUCCCAGAUGAAGACUGGAGGAGGUACGACUGUGUGUUUCAUCUCUCUGGUGUGGAGGACGACAUCGUCACCAAACUGGACAAAGCAGAGAUCAGGACAAACAGAGAGAAUCCUUCAGACAGGACCAUUCCCAUCACUGCUGCAGUGGCUGUUCUUGCUGUCGUCCUCGCCGCUGCCGCUGGAUUCAUUUUUUACAAAAGAAAGAAAGCCCAACUCCCUCCACCAUCUCCUGACAACAGCUCUGAGCUCUCUGAGAGACUCAGUCCAGAGACCUGAUUAACACACACAUCCUGCACUGGGAAAGCAGUCAAAUGUUCACAUCUCCAGUUAGACAAUACCUGGAAAAAUAAUCUUCUACAACAAACCUUUCUAUUAAAGUCCAUAAAG